AUGAACUGUCCUCUGUAUGGGCAACAACGUCUGGAAGCAGCACAAUUUGGCCCUUGGUUAAGGGCAAAAUCUGUCAUACGUCGAAGGGUGGUGAAGGAAGGGAGAAACUUCAAUCCAAUGGGGCAGGUCAGUCAAGGGGAUGUUCAUCUUAGUCAGCAGGACAGGGAAAGCAGUGAGAGGCAAGGGCCAGAACCAAUGAGGAAUGCAGAUAAGGAAACUGUUUUGAAAAAAGGAAAGGGCGUGUCUUUAGGAGAGGAUAAAGGGGAGGAUGAUCACGUUAGAAACCAAGCACUGAUGAAGGAACCAGACAAGGUCGAAGAAGAAGGGAGAGAUAGAGUAAUCUUAGAUUUCUUUAAGAGUCUCUUUACUGCCUCUAAUCAAACUGCAAGCUUGAAUUUUCUGAAUGGCCUGGCUAGAAGAAUAACAGAUGAUAUGAAUGCAAGCCUCACUCAAGAAUUCAAGGCUGAGGAAGUAACACAACCUCUUAACCAAAUGAGUCCUACUAAGGCUCCUGGCCCAGAUUGUAUGGCUCCUUUAUUUUUUCGAAAGUAUUGGGAUGUGGUAGGAAAGGAUGUUAUUGUUGCUAUUCUUAAUGUUCUCAAUAGUGAUGUGAUUUCAUUGUCUCAAAGUGCGUUUGUCCCUGGUCGACUCAUAAUAGAUAAUGUGCUUGUAGCUUAUGAGUUAGUACAUUUCCUAAGACAGAAGAGCUAUGGGAAGAAAGGGUACAUGUCAUUAAAGCUGGACAUUAAGGGUCCUAUCUUAGCAUCUCGUGGCUUGAGGCAAGGGGAUCUUCUAUCCCCUUGCCUCUUUCUAAUGUGUACUAAAGGCCUAGUUACGUUGAUGCAACAAGCUGACCAACAUAUGAUGGUGGAAGGGAUCAAGAUCUGCAAAGGGGCUCCAAAGAUCAAUCAUCUUUUAUUUGCAUAUGACAGUUUGAUAUUUUGCAGGGCCACAAUGCAGUCAAACAUUAAGAUUCAACAUUUGCUUGAGAUCUAUGAGAAAGCUUCAGGCCAAAAGGUGAAUAAAGAAAAGACCUCGAUGGUCUUUAGCAAGAAUGUGGCAGCUGGACAACCGGAGCUAAUCAUGAAUUUUUGGGGAGUGCAAAGGCAUCAACAAUAG